AUAUCGGGAAAGCCCCAGCUGUCAGCAGCAGAAACCUGAACAGGUGGCUGCAGUGUCUUAGCGGUGCGCGUCAAGGCGCAGAGACCCUCAACAGCUUGUGGCGCUCACUAAUCUUCCCUCUGACGACAGCGCAUUUAUUGUGCCCGAGUAAAACCAGCGACUCGGCAGGUUUGGGUCUGCGGAGCUCUUUGCUCAUCGGAAAUUACUCAUCCUUAUAAUUUACUGUUCACCUGCAAGUUCAGCGCAUCGGAAGUGUUGGACCUUAGAGGGACUUUUAAGACUUGGAUACUAUGCUUCCCAUCUGGAUUGUAUAAUCAUCAUCACUCGGGUUCACUCCAGCGGUUGCACAGACUCAAAACUCAACAUGUUGCCAGAAAUAAACAACAAGGCGUCUAGACCAGAGGCGUUCCCUCAUCCACACAGAAUUCUAUCAGAUGGAUCCCGCCUGGGAUCAAACCGUUCAUGCACACAGAAGUUUGGCCCUGGCAUAGGAACCUUACCACAGCUUGAGCCACCAGUGGUCCAGGUCGUGGUCAGUAAUGCCAAAAACCAACACCAGCAGACAGACAGCAUCUUGCCCCAAAUCUCCUCCAAAGGGACUCUCAACAACUUCCAAACUCUCAUGGAGGAAAGACCGAAACCAGCUCAGCAGUUUGCAAUGCGAUUUGGAGCAACAUUGGACAAAGUGUCUGUGUCACGCAACAAUAAGAUUUUCAGCAACAAACUAGAGAAAGAGAAAGCAUAUGAAGGACUGAGGCUGCCAAUGACUCCCACUGAGGCACUGAAGAAUUUCCAAGAACGACUGACGGAGUUUGAGCAGGAAGAGAUUAUGGACUACUCAGAGAUUUGGUUCCUGGGUCUCGGAGCACAGAAGACUGAGGGGUCACAAGGUGCACCACAGAACUCAGGAUAUGAUGAUGAACACGGGAGCUAUAUAAGGGUGCUUCAUGACCACAUUGGAUACAGAUUUGAAGUGCUUGAAGUCAUUGGGAAAGGCUCGUUUGGGCAGGUCCUAAAAUGUCUCGACCAUAAGAACAAUGAGCUGGUAGCCAUCAAGAUGAUCCGCAAUAAGAAAAGGUUUCAUCACCAGGCAUUAGUUGAGCUGAAGAUUCUGGAUGUGCUCAAGAAGAAGGACAAAGACAACCUCCACAAUGUCAUCCACAUGAAGGAGUACUUCUACUUCAGAAAUCAUCUCUGCAUCUCCUUUGAGCUCCUGGGAGUGAACUUAUAUGAGCUCAUCAAAAAGAACAACUUCCAGGGCUUCAGCCUCGCUCUGAUUCGUCGCUUCACUCACGCACUUCUCAGGUGUCUGCAAAUGCUGCACAAGGAGAAGAUCAUCCACUGUGACCUCAAGCCGGAGAACAUUCUUUUGUCUCAGCGAGGGCCUGGGAACAUCAAAGUGGUCGACUUUGGAUCAAGCUGUUACGAACAGCAAAGAGUUUACACGUACAUCCAGAGUCGCUUCUAUCGCUCUCCAGAAGUCAUCCUGGGUCACCCCUACAGCAUGGCUAUUGACAUGUGGAGUCUGGGCUGCAUCCUGGCUGAGCUGUACACAGGUUACCCACUGUUCCCCGGAGAGAGUGAAGUGGAACAAAUCGCUUGCAUAAUGGAGGUUCUGGGAAUGCCUCCUAAUGAUUUUGUUCAAUCUGCAUCAAGGAGAAGGUUAUUUUUUGAUUCAAAGGGAAAUCCAAGGAACAUCACUAACAGCAAAGGAAAGAAACGGAGGCCUGGUUCAAAGGAGCUGUCAGAGACACUGAAGACAAAUGAUGCUGUGUUCCUGGAUUUUAUUCAUCGCUGCCUCACUUGGGAUCCCACCAAGCGGAUGACUCCAGAUGAGGGGCUGCAGCAUCAGUGGAUCCUCGAGGGAAAUUUCAACAAAGUCCGGCCCAGAACCAGGCCAACUGUGAAGAAGACAAAUGACGGUUCAACCAACACAGACAACAUCAGUGACAACAAAAGGCAGAACAGCAACAAGCCAGUUUUAAAGGUCCCUUCAGACCCCACUGCCAAUGACAAACUUAAUCAAAGUUCAGUUGAGCGUCUGCGACCAAUCGGGGCUUCAGCAGAGGAGGAGGUUUGUGAGCUCAAUUCAAGUAACAAGCAGCAAGAAGGAGAACGACCGGUGCAUAUCAUCAUCAAGCCUCAAGAGGAACUGGGCACUGUCAGGAGCAGCAGCGAGGGACCAGCCGAGUGUUUACCCCCAAUCAUGUAACCACAGGACAAUCUGAGUGGCUCUUUUAUAUCCUAAACUGUAGAAGUUAUUUCGGAGCAAUGGUCAAACAAACCUCUUAUUUGCCACUGUACUUGAAUAGUCUAUAAAAAGGGCACAAUCUACUAAAAACAAGUACAUUAAGAUUCAAACAAUGACAUCUCAAAGUCACAGGUGUUGUUAGCUUUAAGUGAAACUGAUGUUUACAGCAUGAAUUAAAGUGGUAAGUUAUAGAUAUAAAUAUUCAUGAAUCAGUAAAAUACUCAAAGUUGGACACAAUAGACACAACAGAAGCACUAGAAGGCUUGGAAAUCAUUUUGUAAUAGUGUAACGUUUAACCCAGUUUUUGCAGUGCAUUGAACUAUUUUAUAAAUAGGUUCAACUUUCAUUGUAUUUUUUUUUUUAUCCUCAUAAUGCAGUAGAUGCAAGCAAAAGUGCAUGUACAUGUCAUCGUGUUGCUUUAAAAUGCUUUAUUUAUAUGUGCAAUAACGGCUGAGCCAAAUAGUUUUUGUGUGUUUUUUACAACAUAAAUAUGGCUGUAACACAUCUGUAUAGCCUAAUUGUUUUGAAUGUCUAGUUUUUCCCUCAUUAUUGGUGAAAUUUAUGUUUCUAUGUUUAUUAUUUGUAUAUGUAUAUGUUUUUGUACAGUUGUAAAUAGUUUAUUCAUAAUUUUCUGUGUUUGUGAAAGGCAGAAGAUCAACAUUUUCAGAAUAUCAUUAAGGAUAUUAGACAAGGUUUUACUUGUUGUUUUGACUUUGGACACAUUUUGUAAGUCAGUGAGACCUACAGCUUUUAUACACAGGCGUACUAGACAAACAGCAGAUCUUAUAUCAAUAGUUUGUGCCUUGCAGUAUUAGAAAUCUUGCACUUUACUCUAGCGUGUGGACAAUGAAUGACUGAAAAUCAAAGAAAACAAACAAUGGCUGUGUGUUGUACUCAGCAGCACCACUGAAGUGAUCUUCUGAUUCUAUAUGGACUAUCCUCACAACCUUUCCUAGAAUUCAGUGUCUCAGAAACCCAAACACAGGAUGCAAAGUAGCUAUUUGAAAUAUUAUUUGUAUUUCCAUUAUAAAAUAAAAUAUGUUUU